AUUUCUCACAUAAAUGCCAAAAUAACCAAUAUCGACAUUUUAAAUUCCUCUUCUCCACGUUGGGUUUGUUUUGGUACCGGGAUCCGGGCGGCCGACCCUCAUUUAAAGUGAUCAAGAAUGCCACCCAAGAAGGAAGCAGCCCCCGCACCCCCGCCCUUGAUUGGCCGUGUGGGCACCAACUUGAAGGUGGGCAUAGUGGGCCUGCCCAAUGUUGGCAAGUCCACCUUCUUCAACGUCCUCACCAAAUCCUCAGCCAACGCAGAAAACUUUCCAUUCUGCACCAUCGACCCCAAUGAAAGUAGGGUUCCGGUACCAGACGCAAGGUACGACUACCUGUGCGAAUUCCACAAACCCGCCAGCAAAGUGCCGGCCUUCCUGAACGUGACCGACAUCGCCGGGCUCGUGAAGGGCGCCGCCGAGGGCCAGGGCCUCGGCAACGCCUUCCUCUCGCACAUCAAGGCCUGCGACGCGCUCUUCCAUCUCACCCGUGAGGCGUUGUUCCAGGUGCUGUUUGACGACGACGACGUGACGCACGUGGAGGGCGACGUCAACCCCGUCAGGGACUUGGAGAUUAUCCUGGACGAGCUCCGGCUCAAGGACAUCGAGUACGUCGAAGGCGCCUACGACAAGCUGGAGAAGCUGGCGGUGCGCGGCGGCGACAAGAAGCUCAAGCCCGAGUACGACACCAUCUGCAAGGUCAAGAAGCUGCUCGAGGAGGACAAGAAGCACGUGCGCUUCUGUGAGUGGGACGCCAAGGAGAUCGAGGUGUUGAACAAGCACCUGCUCAUCGUUGGUGAAGAUCAAGGAGUGGAUAGAUGCCAACGACCCGGGCGCCGUCUGCAUCCCCUUCUCGGGCGUCUUCGAGCUCAAGCUGGCCGAAAUGGAACCUGAGGCGCGGGCCGACUACCUGAAGGAGAGCAACCUCGCCAGUGCCCUGGACAAAAUCAUCUUGCAAGGUUACAAGGCCCUCCAGCUGCAGUAUUUCUUCACAGCUGGUCCUGAUGAGGUGAAAGCAUGGACUAUCCAGAAAGGAACCAAGGCUCCCCAAGCUGCUGGCAAAAUCCACACUGACUUCGAGCGAGGCUUUGUCAUGGCUGAAGUGAUGAAGUUUGAAGAUUUCAAGGAAGAAGGUUCUGAGGCAGGAGCUAAGGCUGCUGGCAAGUACCACCAAAGAGGACGCACCUAUGUAGUCGAGGACGGUGACAUCAUAUUCUUCAAGUUUAACACUGGUGGGCUCAAGAAGAAGUGAGAAUGGUUGAUGCUAGUGAUUCUGGUGUUCUUUUAUGUCCACAUUACCACAGUGUUUAUAUGCACUCAUCUGUGAUGUCCCAAGUGAACCAGUAAAGUCCCCUGCCCCCUUUAUCUGGAUGGAAA